AUGCAGUUUCCUUACUUUAGAUAUAUUUUUUCCGGGUCAAAUGCACUAAGAAAUAAAGAAAGGAUUGGUCCAUUUACAUGGAAAUCCGGAGCAUUAUUUGUUAUAACAGGAGCUGGUCUUGUUUGGUAUUUUAAAAAUGAGAAAGAAAAAAUGUUGCAAAGACGGCAUGCAAAUCAAAAUAAAUCCAUUGGAAAAGCGAAAAUAGGCGGUCCAUUCGAAUUGAUUGACCAUGAAGGAAGAAAUGUUACAAAUAGUGAUUUUUUAGGCAAAUAUAUUUUGAUAUAUUUUGGAUUUACAAGGUGCCCAGAUAUUUGUCCUGACGAAUUAGAUAAAAUGGCAGAGAUUAUUAAUCGCGUUAACAACAAAAGAAAAGUAUUAACUCCUAUUUUUAUAACGUGUGAUCCAAAUAGGGAUACGCCCUCCCAGAUUAAAGAAUAUCUUCGAGAAUUUCAUCCGCAAAUAAUUGGAUUAACAGGAACAUAUGAAUCUAUUAAAGCUGUUUGCAAAGCUUAUCGUGUUUAUUUUUCUACACCACCUAAUGUAAAACCUGGUGAUGAUUAUCUUGUAGAUCAUUCUAUUUUUUUUUAUUUAAUGGAUCCAAAUGGGCAGUUUCAAGAGAUUUUUGGACGCCAUUAUACUGCCGAACAAAUAGCUACAAAAAUAUUACAACAUGUACAUGACUGGGAAGCAUCAAACGGUCAUAUUACACUGUAA